UUAUUAGCAAACAAUGUCGAAAAAAAAAACAAGUAUACAAAAAUUUUACGAAGGGAAAGUAAUUUUUUUAACAGGUGCCACAGGAUUUAUUGGAAAGUUAUUGCUGGAAAAAUGUUUAAGAUCAUUAAAUUUAAAGAAAAUUUACAUUCUAGUAAGAGUAAAGAAAGGAAAGGACCAAAACACACGUCUAAAGAAAUUACUUGAAAGUCCUAUAUAUGACAAAGUUAAAUCUUUAAAUCCAAACUUUUUUGAAAAAAUAUCCAUUUUAAAUGGGGAUUUAACUUGUCCAAAUUUAGGUUUAAGUGAUGAAGACAUUAAAAUAUUGAUAAAUGAAGUUGAUUGUAUAAUUCACUGUGCUGCCACAGUUAGCUUUGUGGAACAUUUAUCUUUGGCGACAAAAAUGAAUGUUAUUGCCUCUAGGGAUUUAUUAAGGAUUGCCAAAAAGAUGCAUAAUUUACAUUCCUAUGUUCAUGUAUCUACGGCUUAUUCAAACAUGAAUAGAAAUGAAAUAGAUGAAAUAUUUUAUGAAUCUGCAAUGGAACCUGAUAAAUUACUUGAAAUGAUUAAAACAUUUAAUGAUGAUUAUAUUACAGAUUUAACACCAAAAAUAAUUAAAGAUUUUCCAAAUACCUACGCCUUUACCAAAAAUGUAUCGGAAACUAUAAUAAAACGCGAAGGUGUGGGACUUCCUAUAAGUAUAAUUCGUCCCUCCAUAGUUAUGGCAACACACAAAGAGCCUUUAGUGGGUUUUGUAGACAACUACCUAACAGUAAGUGGCAUGGCCGUCGCAGUUGGAUUAGGAUUGACAAGAACAUUAAGGCUUGAUGAAAAUAUUGUUUUUGAUAUUAUACCAGCUGAUUUUGUAGCCAAUCAGAUUUUAGCCAUGGGUUGGAAUAAUUACAGGAAAAGCAAAAGUGCUUAUCAAUCUAAUAACAUAACCCUUUAUAACUGCGUCAGUGGAUAUGAAAAUCCCAUUCAUUUAGGAUAUAUGAUAAAUUUAUUUUUGCAUGCAUGCCAUAUCUUUGGAGCUGCCAAAAAAAGUAUUUGGUACCCGUUUCUUUUGGUAACAUCCAAUGAAACUUUAUACAAAAUAUACGCUUUUUUUCUUAAUAUAAUUCCCUUUUAUUUGUUUGAUUUUUGUUUAAAAAUCAUGGGAAAAAAACCAUUCAUUAUGAAUAUUUAUAGCCGAUUUGACAGUAUGAGACAAUUAUUUGAUGUUUUUAUGACGAAACAAUGGUAUUUUCAUGCAAAAAACACUAAUCAGCUUUAUAAUUCUUUGUCGGACGAUGAUAAAGAGUUGUUUAAUUUUGACGUCAAAAAAAUUGACUGGCCUAAGUUUUUAAUAAACAAUGCAACUGGAAUGAAAAUCUAUUUGGUCAAGGAUACUAGUGGUGAAAGUGGUCUGAAGAAGUUAAAAAGAUUAAAAUAUAUACAUUUAUUGUUAAUUUGUUUGGUUAUAACUGUAUUAUAUUACUCUUUUAAAUUAAUUUACCUAGUCUUACGUUAAUA